AUGCCAUCAGCAUCGACCGCAACCUGUCAACAAUGUCAGCUACAACCAUCGAAGUACACUUGUCCCACAUGCAAAGCCCGAACAUGCUCCCUCGCUUGUACCAAAUUGCAUAAAGCUCAGAUUUGCACCUCCUCCGCCUCUUCUUCCGCCCGACCAACACCAGGGACCGCCUCGUCUCCUUCCGCCGCCAUUGGUCCCGCCUCUAGCACCAGCAUAACAAGUAACGAAACGGCUCCGGUAGGAUUCGUGUCAUUGGCAGAGUACAACGAAUCGCACAUGCUACAAGACUACCUAUUUCUGAGUGGGAUCAGUCGUAAUGCUGCUGAAGAAGGACGUCGAAUUCUCAACCUCAAUCUGCCCAUACCCUCCUCUACCACCUCCCCCUCCACUGUUAAUGCCUACGCCUCUUCGUCGAAGCCCAACACAGGAGGUAGGAUAACAAAUCAGCAAAGAGCGCGGGAACAACUGAUGAAACAAGUCCAUUAUCGUAAAUUUAAAGUUAUGCUUCUACCUGAGGGUAUGGCUAGACGCAAACUAAAUCAGAGUAGUUUUAGUUGUAAAUCCAAGAGGUUGGAUCUUACGAUCGAGGUUAAACCUCCCGCCAAUGUGGCAGGGGUAGAAAAGGGGAAGGAAGGAGGGGGAUGGAUUGUGGGGAAAGUAGAUAGUGAGAGGAAGGUGGGGGAGAUUUUGUUGGAUGAUUUACAGUUACGAUCUUUUGUUAGUAAGAAGGAUGUACAAAAAGCCCGAGAAACAUUGCAGAUCGCUGCUAAGGAGAAGCAGAAAAGCUGGGUCCUGGCGAGAAAGGUUUUGGUUGACGCUGGGUUGCCAAUACCGAGCAAGGAAGAGAAGAUGAAGGAGGAGGGGGAAUACGUGGUGUUGAAAGAAUUCCCAAAACAAUGGGCAGUACUGGUACCCGUUUACUCAGCAAGACUUACAAACGAAUCAACGACACGGUAUCUAGAUUGGUGCAAUCGAAAACGUCGAUGGGAAGAAGCUAAUCCUGAAUUGGCUGCUCAACAACGAAUCGAAGCCGAGGCACAGCAAGAGCGACAAGCGCAGAACGCUGAUAGCCUUGGACAGAACCAAGGUGAGCGCAACGUUCGGCCAAGGAAAUCCGCUCAAGUUGCCACCGAAGUGAAGGAUGAAGUUGAGAAACAUACAGAAGCCAAGGUUGGAUCUGGUGCGAAGAUGGACGACCCAUCCUCAGCAGCAAAAGCAACAGCGGUCGGAGGAAGGGGAGGGGGAAUUGUCUCUAGCUUCCUCCUCUCGCUUCUAUCUGAGCGGUUGGGUCGAACCCAACCGUCAUCCGAUCCGCCGUCAACAACAACAACGCAAAUCCCAACCCCUCCCGCAGCUACAACCCAACCAAUCGACAAAGUCAGACCAACAAGCCCAACCAAAGCAAGCGAGACCACCAGCGCCAAAUCGAUUCUAGUCCAUCUCACCCAACCAGGAAAAACGAGCCUAGCCUGGCUGCUGCGCAAUCUACCCGACGGAUAUUCGGUCGUUGAGUUCCCCGAGUUUCGUCUUGUGCCCACCGCUCACCUUGCCACCGGUGUGUUUGUCGAGCUGGGUCCCGAAGAAGACUUGUCGGCGUCACCUGGUGCUGGGAAAGGCGGGCAGAAGGAGGGGGAUGACGAGGGAAAGAAGCAGUCUACGGCGACGAUAAUGGGCAGUAAUGCGAGUUUGAGUGGCUUGCUGGCCGGGUAUCGUUCCGAUAGCGAUUCCGGUGGAGAGGAGGCGGCGGCGGAGCAAGAGAAGCGUGCAACAGAUGAUGACGGGCCGAGUUUGGCCAAUCUAGCUUCAAAGCAUGGGUUCGUUGCUCACUCUCGCCAAUGA